ACAGACAACAGAGCGCAGAUAGACAGCGGGGUUCAGACGGACGCGCAGACUUUCGGCAUCGACGUUCCGCCGCGCGGAGAGCGGUGUAGCGCAGCUCCGCCGCCUCUCACUGGGAUGCCCGUCCCGUAGGUCCGUCGUCUCACCGUUCUUUCCCGUUGACACAGCUCGUGACUCCAUUUAUAUAUUUAUUUAAAGUCGCGUUGUGGAGAUGGUCACCGGGCAGUAGCGGAAAACGCGCCGAAGAAGAGAGAAGAGUCGGAGAGUCGGAGAGUCGCUCCUCCGUCCGCUCGUCGCUCCUCCGUCCGCUCGUCGCUCCAGCCAUGGACUCUCCGCAGGGGGCAGAGCGGCCGGACGAGGAGCCCGAGUGCGCGGAGGAGGAAGAGGUGGAUCCGAGGAUACAGGGCGAGCUGGAGAAGCUCAAUCAGUCCACGGACGACAUCAACAGAUGCGAGACGGAGCUAGAGGAUGCGCGGCAGAAGUUCCGCUCCGUGCUGGUGGAGGCCACCGUCAAGCUGGAUGAACUGGUGAAGAAGCUGGGCAAAGCGGUGGACGAGUCCAAGCCUUACUGGGAGGCGCGAAGGGUCGCCCGACAGGCCCAGCUGGAAGCCCAGAGGGCUACGCAGGACUUCCAGAGGGCCACUGAAGUGUUGCGAGCAGCUAAGGAGACCAUCGCGCUGGCUGAGCAGAGGCUCCUGGAGGAGGACAAAAGACAGUUUGACUCAGCCUGGCAGGAAAUGCUCAAUCACGCCACGCAGCGGGUGAUGGAGGCUGAGCAGACGAAGACACGCAGCGAGCUGGUGCACAAGGAGACGGCGGCCAAGUACAACGCAGCCAUGAACCGCAUGAAGCAGCUCGAGAAAAAGCUGAAGCGUGCCAUCAACAAGUCCAAGCCUUAUUUUGAAAUGAAGGCAAAAUACUACCUACAGCUUGAGCAACUGAAGAAGAAUGUGGAUGAGCUACAGGCCAGGCUCACUAUGGCCAAGGAUGAGUACAAGACAGCGCUGCGCAAGCUGGAGAUGAUCUCUGAUGAGAUCCAUGAGCGACGGCGCUCCUCUGCCAUAGGCCCCCGCGGCCGGGGUGUGGGCUCUGAGGGGGACUGCAGCUCCACCAGCAACGUGGGCAAUUUUAAGGUCGACUUGGAUGGCAUCUCCAUGGCCUCUGAGACCUUUGAGGACGAGACGUGCACCAGCGCCACAUCUGAGGAAGACUCCGAGACGCAGUCCACCUGCAGCCUGAGCUCGGGACCUGCCAGCUCUGUGGACCUGCCCUGUCCCUUCCUCCCAUCCGCAUCCUCAUCCUCGUCCACCUCCACCUCCCCCUCCCGGCCCUGCAGCUUGGACCUCCCAAGCCCCGUCUUCCUGUCCGACUUUGGGCUAAUCUCACCUGUAUUGGGCCCCCGCAGCGAGUGCAGUGGAGCUUCCUCACCAGAGUGUGACCUGGAGCGAGGCGACCGGGCAGAAGGUGCCGAGGCAGCCCUGGAGAAUGUGCUCAAUAACAAUGGCGCAAGGAAGAGCGUGGGCCUCGAGGGCCUCUUGGGCCGGCUGUCACUCAAGCGAGCCAAGACGGAGAGUGCCCAGAACCCUGAGCGGGAGCGCUUAACCCUGGCCCAGCUGCCCACACCCACUGUGCUCCUGUUAAACGGGGUGUGAGGGCCAGUUCCACCUGCUUGCUUACACUAAACCCCAAAAGCCCCCACUCAUAAACCCAAGCAGAUGGCCAGAUGCAUUCAUCACUGCAGAUGGCACAUUGAACAUUUCCUGUGACCCAUUCACGGCCUGCUAGGAGCCACAUCCACGCUAACAGCAUGCCCUGUCUUGGGGCCCACAUUGUCAGAGGUGCUCAAGGUAAAGCAGCGUGGCAGCAAAGUUUGUAGGUGCCAAGAUGUUGACUGUUAUAUGGGCCACACAUCACCUUUGUCUCCUUUCCUCCGUCUCCUCCCCUUCGUUCUCCUGACCCCUCACGGCCGUGCUGGUCCAGUUUACCACAACGUUCCUUGUCCCAGCUCCUCUAACUCCUGCCCGUGUCAAGUUCACAUCUGGAUGUCCAGCUCUGCAGCGUCAGCUCCCAGGCUUUCCUCAUCUCAACUGGGACAUGGAGCCCUGGUUGACCAUCUACGCUCGCAUGCUGCUGUGCCACAAUCGGGGUGUUGCUCUUAUCCAGCACCAACAGCCCGGUGUGCCGACAGCUUAUCAUUUCUCUGAGUUUGAGAGUAGAUGGACCCAUGAACGCAGAGCACAGCUGUCCUUGUCCCUCGUUCGAGGGCUAUAUGUUAAUGAGCUUCCGGACAAAUACAGGCAGGGAGGGGGGGACUCCCACUUUGUGGAAGGACUACAAAAGUUACCUUAAAGCAAUAGAUAGAUUCCGUUCUUAUUGCCGUUGACUCUUAGGAUUCUCGGCAAUAUUUAUAGGAUGAUUAUGCAACAGUGGACCAGCGGGCGCAACUACGGCGCACCAGGCCAGGUGUUACUGGUGCACUGACCAGUGGAGAGCUGGUGACCCAACAUGCGGUGUUGAGGUGACCGGAGUUGCCCAGUGUUAGCCUAGUCUAGCCUAGUGUAGCGUACCGUAGCAACCACCUUGCCCGUGGGCCUUGACUUCACUGUCCGUCCCCUGGGCAACCGUGUUUACAGCUUUGUUUACUAGUCUGAUGAAGCCCCUGCUAUGUGUGUCAUCCUGUGGAGUGACCUGUAUCUGUUACUGUCAGUCAUGCAAAAGCAAAUAAGGGGCCGGAGGGGGAAGCCCUCUACUUAUGAGUAUUUUUGCAGUGUCCUGUUACAGUAUUUGUGUCCAGCAACAAUGUAUGUAACUGUUUUCAGUGUCAUAAAAUAUAGUAAUAAAUGAAUAUUGAGCC